UUGAUUCAUAUGGGAUCCUGAAAUUGUAACAUGUAUGUAUAUUUAAUAUCCAAAACAAUACAUAGGUUGUACUGAAACCAUAUUUCAAGUGUAAACUUAGAAAGUAAACAGACUUGAAGUCCUAGACAGAACCUAAAACCUCAACAAUAGAGCAUCUUCUGUGAGGUUCUCUUUACACUAGAAAGAAAAAAGCAAAAGGGACAACUUAAUCUUUUGUAGCGAGCAAAAAAAAAAACGAAGUUGGUAAAUGUGAUAACUGUGUUUUGGAUGAGAUAUGCUUUGCUACCCAAUCCUUAAACCGACUUUGCUUAAUACUUAGAAGUACUAUAACAUUUUGUAGUUCUUCUUAAAUAUUUGAAUCUCAUUGCUUGUAUACGGCCUACUAAUCACGACAAAAACUGACUUUACCUAUAGUAACAAAAUGAAAACUAAUAUCAGAAAUCGUUAAUGUAUUUUAUACUAGAUGAGAUUUUGCCUACGCUCCAAAUUCAGUGCUGCCUGAAAACAACUGAAAUUGCAUGUCUCAACUCUUCAUGUUUUGCUAUGUGCUGGAUGCUUCUUUACGCUAUCUUUGAUCUUUGCUUCCGCCCAUUUAAAAACAUCUAUACUGCAGUGUAGGUUGCUCAAGCGUUUGGAGUACUGACACUUCUAAAAACAGGUUUCUUUAUCAAUGGAUCCUGGACAGAGAAAGAAAAAAUCCACGCACAACGGGUGAGACUUAUGAUAAGAAUGUCAAACGCCGUGAAAUAUAUCGCGAUAUGCCUGUAGCUGAAAAGAACACUUUUGCUACAUCGGCGCUUGCAAAGAAGAGAGGCAACAACUAGGCGACUUCUUCCAAAUACAAAUUCAGUCAAUCCUGUUGAACCAACAUGUGUUACUCAGGAUAAUCCUGAUGUUGGAUGCUCUUCUUCUAUUUCAAAAACUGUAGUCACUGCGUGCUACGUUUUUAUGGCACCAAUUGUGCUUCAAAAGGAAAAAUUGUAGCCUAUGCUUUCCGAGUUUUUGAAAAAGGUUCAACAUCGGGCGCCUCAAAUCAGUCACAUGCUCCAAGCUUUGAAAGGCUUUCAACUGCCGGAACUUGUGCAGAAUCUAAGCAUUUUCAAACGUACAUCAGAACAUAUAACAAUCUGCUCGCUUUUACCUUACUUGGUGUCAGCUAUGAUAAAGAUCUGGCCAAACGAAAUCGCAGUAUAUAUAAUUCGGAGUUCAAGGGCAAAUAUAUCACUUUAUAGAUGAUUUAUAUCCUGCAGAGAGAGGGCCGAGAAACUUGCAGUUGUAUUUUUAUGAUAACAACAAUGAGGUUGCGAAUAGAAUGGCUUGCUCCGAUAAAAUAGAUGAAUCAAUAGUGAGGGAGUUGAUGGAUAUACUAAGAGUUAAUCCAUAUUCGAUAUUUUACGAACUUUAUCUGAGAUUACAAACUUACAGAACCAUCACAUCGCAUUGAAAUGUGACUCUGGAUUGGAUCUACGAGUAUUUAAUAUGCCAAGUACUACUGAGGUCGCAGCGAUAUGGGUUGAUGAAAAUGAUGGUGGUGCUAUUCAUGUACCGCAUGUUCAAGUUUAUACCCACAGUAACAGAACACAGAGAGUGAACUAUUAUUUCGGAUGCUAUGAUCCUUUACAGUAUCCUCUAUUGUAUCCAUAUGGACAAAGUGGAUGGCACUGUGGUAUUAAGAAGUUCCACAGUACCGAAAAUAUUUGUAGAAAACAUGUUUUGUAUGAGUCUGAACAGUUACCGAAUAUCAAAAAUUUCACUUCUGUCGAUGGAUACCUUGAUAUGGAAGAUCAAGUUCUACAAAAAGGAAAACGAAAGAGAGAUGCAAUUUCAAUUCGAGAAUACUAUUGUUAUAAAUUUUAGAUGAGAAGCGAUGAUGAAGAUGAACUUCUACAUAGUGGAAGAUUAUUUCAACAGUAUUCGGUUGAUGUAUACAUAAAACUGGAGACUCAAAUACUAGAUUUUGUAUUCUUCAAUCAAGAUUUGUUUAGAAUGGAUGUAUUGCAAGGACUCAUUGACAUUCUGAGACUUGGUGAAAGAGAUGCUUCUAAUGUUGGGAAACAGACGUUUUUGACA